AUGUUGAUCUUUGCAAACCUACUGCAAUACUUAUGGGUCAAAGCCAGUGCAGCCGCCUGUUUCACUCAAAACAGAUCCCUGAUCAACAACAGGCUUGAAGUCACUUCUUAUGAAGAAAUGAACAAGAGGAAGCCUAACGUCAAAUUCUUUCACAUCUUUGGUUGUCGUUACUACAUAAAAAACAAUAAGGAUCAACUAGGCAAAUUCGCACCCAAGGCUGAUGAAGGUAUCUUUCUUGGAUAUUGCCUUCAUGCUGCAGCCUAUAGAGUUAUGAAUAAGCGAACCAGAGUGAUAGAGGAAAGCAGUGAUAUCACCCUUUAUGUGAGGGUUCUGGAUCCAAACCACUUUGGUCCUCAAAUGGUAGUACCUUUUGAUAAAAUGAACCAAUCACCAUCUGCUAAUACUUCUACUCCAGUCCAUGCUAUUGAAUGUGAAUUAUUGAAUGAAGAAAUCGAUAGGGAUGUCUAUGUUCAACAACCUCCUGGAUUUGAAGAUCCAAAGUUCCCUAACCAUUGCUAUAAGCUUCAAAAGGUUGUAUAUGGAUUGAAGCAAGCUCCAAGAGCAUGGUAUGGAACUUUGUCCAAGUUCUUGGAAGAGUCCAAAUUUCAAAGAGGGUCUAUUGAUCCCACUCUCUUUAGGAGAAUCCACAACAACCAUCUAAUCGUUUUGCAAAUCCAUGUCGACGACAUCAUAUUCGAUUCAAAUAGCAAGGACCUUAGUGAUGAGUUUGCUGAUUUGAUGCAAGCAAAUUUAUAA